AUGUUUUAUUAAUAUUUCUAAUCCAAAAAUAAUCCAUCACUCUCUCGUUUGAGUGCCAUAAAAACAAUUGAAAAAACCUAUGAUGUAUUAUAAAUAUCUGCUAAUGCUUAUCAUAAUAAUGAAAACAUUUUUACAGAACCUUCAACUAAUGAUUGCUACUUCUUUAAAAAAUAAACAAUUUCUUAAAGACUUUAUAAAAACAAAAUCGAUAUACUUAUUAACAAUAUAUAAAAUACAUUCAAAGAAGAAAUUGAAAAAAUCAAAGAAGAAUAGAAAUUAAAAUAAAAUAAUCCAACAAUCCCUAUGUAAUUAUUGCUUAUUUUAUAAAUUUAGUUAAGAUAUGCUCCAAAAUAACAGAGAGAUUAUAGAGUAUAUUAUCAAUAAACUAAGAAAGAUUUUAAUCAACAAAUCAAAACGAUCUUAUUGUAUUGACAUUAUUUAAGAAAUCAACCAUUAAAUAAUCAAAUUUAGGAAUUUAGGUAUAAUUCAUGAUUAUUAAAUUUAAGAUAUUAAAAUUCUAAUCAGUCUAACACUUGCCAAAAUUGCUAAAUAUUAUAAUCUCUUAUAUUAUUCUAUUUAACUUGCUAAAAAUGCAAAACGUUUCUCUGAUUCAGAUUCACUUCUCAAAUAUAAACUUAAAGCUUAUAGCAUUUUAUCUUAAUGCUUUCUUAAAUUAAGAAUGAAAUAGGCAAAAAUAUAUAUCACUAAAUAUUUGAUGUGUAGUUGGAAACUUGGAUUAGUAAAUUCUGAAUUCAAAGGUUAUGAAUAAUUAGGAAAAUACUAUUAUUAUGAAGGUAAUAUAAAAAUGGCUUAAUUGUUUCAUAAUAGAAUGAUAAAUGGUGAAUCUUUAGUAUAUUUUAAUAUUUAAUCCUAGAAAUUCAAUUCCUCUUUGAAACGACUUGCUAUUUCUAAAUUUGAAUAAGGAUCAAUUGGAAAGAGUAAAAAGGACAACUAUAUAAUUGAUGAAAAUAAUUUAGAUAUUUCUUCAGAUGAUGAACCAUUUGAGAUUGUUUUCAAUUAAGACUCACAUGAAUUGAAUUUAAAUUCUAAUAAUAUAGUGAAAUCUUAAAGAUAAAAAAAUAGAUUACUCAACUUUUCUAUAAGACAAUAACCUUUACAUAAUAGAAUUAAUUUAAAAAAAGCAUAAUUAGAAGCAAAAAAUGCUAAUCUUUUUAUAAGGUAAAUAUUAUUAAUAAUUCUAAAAAGAUCUCCUAAAUAAUAAAAUGCUAAUUCACUUUUUAAUGAAUAAGGCAAUUUAGAUGUAUAAAAACUUAAAAGUCUUCCUCAUUCUCAUAUGAGAUUAGGAGAACUCAAAACUCCAGUAAUGUUAAAUCAUUUAAGUCCAAAUAGGUGUUUAGUCAAUUAUUAACAUAUUGAAUUGAAUAAAUCACCUUAAUCUAAUAGAAAGGCUGAUGAAAUUGAACCACUUUUUGAUGUUGGAGAUUUAUAGAAAAUGACUAAACUACUUACAAAAUUAAUAACUAUUCUUACUAAAAUUAAUGAAUGGCUUCUAUAUGCAGAAUGA